CGCUCUCAAAUCUCAAACCCUGAGAUUUGAGCUUUCUUCAUAUCCCUUUCACUCUCAUUUUCUUUUAUUUUCCUUUUCAUUUUCCCGUGAAACUCCACUUCUCUUUCAAUCAUGAUAUCUGCAAGCAAAAUCAAAUCCGUCGAUUUUUACAGAAAAAUCCCAAGAGAUUUAACUGAGGCAUCAUUAUCUGGAGCAGGGUUAUCCAUAGUUGCAGCUCUCUCCAUGAUGUUUUUAUUUGGAAUGGAACUUAGUAAUUAUUUGUCUGUCAGCACCUCUACAUCUGUGAUUGUUGACCAGAGUUCUGAUGGGGACUUUUUACGUAUAGAUUUCAAUAUCAGUUUUCCUUCCCUCUCAUGUGAGUUCGCGUCAGUUGAUGUGAGUGAUGUGCUGGGAACAAACAGGCUAAAUCUAACAAAAACAGUUCGCAAGUUUUCCAUCGAUUCAAAUUUAAGACCCACUGGAACUGAGUUCCAUUCAGGACCAGCUUCUAACAUCAUUAAGCAUGAUGAUGAAGUAAAUGAAGAAUCCGUUGAAGGUUCUGUUGUUCUCACGACACACAAUUUUGAUAAAUAUGUUCCUCAGUUUGCAGUUACAGUUGUUAAUUUUUAUGCUCCUUGGUGUUACUGGAGUCAACGCUUGAAACCGUCAUGGGAGAAGGCAGCUAAAAUACUAAAAGAGAGAUAUGAUCCAGAAAUGGAUGGCCGUAUUAUUUUGGGGAAGGUAGAUUGCACUCAAGAAGGAGAGUUGUGCCGGAGGCAUCAUAUACAAGGGUAUCCUUCAAUUCGUGUCUUUCGUAAAGGAAGUGAUGUCAGAAAUGACCAUGGACAUCAUGAUCACGAGUCCUAUUAUGGAGAUCGUGACACAGAGAGCCUAGUCAAGACAAUGGAGACUUUAGCAGCAUCUCUCCCAGUAGGAACUCAGAAGUUAGCUUUGGAAGAUAUAUCCAAUGCUACAACGAAUACAAAAAGACCAGCACCAUCAGCAGGGGGAUGUAGAAUUGAAGGAUACGUGCGUGUCAAGAAGGUUCCUGGAAACUUGAUAAUCUCAGCUAGAUCUGAUGCCCAUUCCUUUGAUGCUUCUCAAAUGAACAUGUCACAUGUCAUAAACCAUUUAUCUUUUGGAAGGAAAGUGUCACCUAGGGUCAUGAGUGAUGUGAAGCGCUUGAUACCCUACGUCGGUAGCAGCCAUGACAGGCUGAAUGGUCGGUCAUUCAUCAAUACACGUGAUUUAGGAGCAAAUGUUACUAUGGAGCAUUACCUUCAGAUUGUUAAAACAGAGGUGAUAACUAGAAAAGAUUAUAAAUUAGUUGAGGAGUAUGAGUACACAGCGCACAGCAGUGUGGCACAAAGUUUACACAUUCCUGUUGCGAAGUUCCAUCUAGAGCUCUCUCCUAUGCAGGUCUUAAUAACGGAAAACCAGAGGUCUUUCUCGCACUUUAUUACAAAUGUCUGUGCGAUUAUUGGGGGUGUUUUCACGGUAGCUGGAAUCAUGGACUCAAUUUUGCACAACACUCUUAGAAUGCUGAGAAAAAUUGAGCUUGGCAAAAAUUUUUGAUAGAUAGUCGGGAAUUUUUUUUAUAUCGUAGGGCUCUUGAUUGCGCUAGAUCCACUUUAGAGAGGUUUUUUUUGGCAGGGAUUGUUAUCUAUAGAUACACUUCAAGCAUAAAAAUGUAACUUUUUUAGGUUUUAUUUCGGUCGUAGAUUGCGAGUUCCAUAAAUGCGUCUUGUAUUUGCCCUCCACUAAAUUUUUUUACUUUGGUUAUGGUUGAGAAAAAAAAAAUGGGAGUAAAGUGAUUAAAUGGUGACUUUUUGAGUGCGCUCGUUGCACGUCAGUCUUCUGUGGGAUUCAU